AAUGGCAAGAAUGGGGAAUAAAGGGAAGGACGGCAGUUCGGUGUCCGACGACCAUUUAUUGCACCUUCCCGAAAGACUGAGAGACCGGCUGCUGCCUUUCCAAAGAGAGGGUGUUAAGUUUGCGCUGCAGAGAGAAGGAAGGUGUAUGAUAGCUGAUGAGAUGGGGCUGGGAAAGACGAUCCAAGCUAUUGCGAUAGCGUACUAUUACCGAGAUGAGUGGCCCUUGUUGGUCGUGGUCCCGUCCUCUCUGAAAUACCCGUGGAUCGAGGAGAUGGAGAAAUGGAUUCCAGAGCUGUGCCCCGAGGAUAUCACCGUCAUCGAGAGCAAGACGGAUGUGGGGAGGAUAGCGACUUGUAAGGUGACGGUCUUGGGGUACGGCUUACUAACGGCCGAUGCCAGGUUGCUGAUUGAUGCCUUGAACAAACAGCACUUCAGAGUGGUUUUGGUGGAUGAAUCUCACUACAUGAAGUCGAGAAAUGCUUCUCGUAGCAAACUACUCUCGCCGAUCGUUCAGAAAGCGACAAGGGCUCUUCUACUCACCGGGACGCCGGCUCUUGGAAGACCUGAAGAGCUUUACAUGCAAAUUGAUGCUUUGUUUCCCAAGAAAUUUGGAACCUGGACAGAAUAUGCAAAGAAAUACUGUAACGCGCAUGUCCGGUACUUUGGCAAUAGGACUCAAUGGGAUUACAGAGGAGCAUCCAAUUUAGAUGAAUUACACCAGCGUUUAAGCGGCAUCAUGAUCAGGAGAUUAAAAGACGAAGUUCUAACUCAGCUCCCACCUAAAAUCAGACAGAGGAUUUCAUUUGAUCUUCCAAAAGAUGUGGCCAAGGAAAUGAACACCAGCUUCGAGGAAUGGGAGAAACUGAUGAGGUUCCCAGAUUCGGCAGCCUCCGACUCCGGCAGCCCGUUUAUUCAGGUCAUGGGCCUGAUAACGCGCAUGUUUAAGCAAACUGCACUCGCUAAGGCGGGCGCGGUGAAGGAUUAUAUUAAGAUGAUGCUGGAGAACGAGAAGCUGAAGUUCCUGGUGUUCGCUCAUCACCUCUCCAUGCUGCAGGCCGGCACCGAGGCCGUCAUAGAAAGCAAGGUCCGGUAUAUCCGCAUAGAUGGGAGCGUCCCCUCGGCAGAAAGAAUCCACCUCGUCCAUCAGUUCCAGAAUGACCCGGAUGUGCGCGUUGCGAUUCUCAGUAUCCAGGCGGCUGGACAGGGAUUAACGUUCACAGCAGCGACUCACGUCGUCUUCGCUGAGCUCUACUGGGAUCCGGGCCACAUAAAGCAAGCGGAGGAUCGAGCCCAUCGCAUCGGACAGAACAGCUCGGUGCACAUCCACUACCUCAUCGCCAAAGGAACCCUGGACACGCUCAUGUGGGGGAUGUUGAAUCGAAAGGCCAAAGUUACCGGAAGCACCUUGAAUGGCAAGAAGGAGAAGAUCCAGGCCGAAGAAGACGACAAAGAAAAGUGGGACUUCUUGAGCUUUGCUAAAUCUUGGACUCCAAAUGAAGGGCUGGAGGAAUUGAAAGAGGAUCUCCUUUUCACUCAUUUUGAAAAAGAAAAACAGCAUGAUAUCCGUUCCUUCUUUUCACCCAAACCCGACGGAGAGAAGAAACGCAAAAGAGUUGAGAACCAUGAAGAGACAACAUGUGUCGAGGAAGAAGAGCAGACGGAAGGAGCAGCCCAAGAAGUGGUCACGUUGGACAAGGAUGGCUCUGCGGGGGACAACGAGGUCAUAGACGUCGACGCGCUUUUCACAGAUGACAACUUUGAGCAACAAACCAAGCGCUUCCGUCCCACAGCGGCGCAGACCCCCAAAAACGUCAACUCGCGUAAGAGGAAGUCUUGGAGCGGAAAACCGUCUGCCUUGUUCUCCACGCCAAAGGCUCGCGGUCUUUCUGAAGGUACUUCGCUCACUCCCCAAAGACCUCCCCGGGUGGAAAAGCAAUGGGACUGCGCGUCGUGCACGUACACCAACAAUUCCCUGCUUCCUUACUGCGAGAUCUGCGAGAGCCCCAGAGACAACACAUGCUCCGAGAACAGGAACGCUGGAGACGCCAUUCAGGAUGAGAAAGAAAAUCAAAAGAAGAAUGAUGUGGAUAAUGAGCUCGUUGAGAGCCCUCAGCGGGGGGCCGCCACGUCUCCUGCUUGCAGUUUACGGGGGGACCAUUCAGUAAAUGCUGAAAACAAAAGCGUAGAAGCCCACCCAACGCAGAGCUCAGGUGCUGAUGGACCAGAUCAUUGUUCCCCGGCGUGUGAUGGAUUGCUGUUCUGUGCCAGCAGACAUACCGAUAGAAUCUAUUUAUAUGGCAAGGACGGGGAGCCGCUGAACCGUAAUUUCAUUCCUUUGGAUAUCGUAUUGGGAAACUGGGAUGAUUUACCCGAAGCGAUGCAGCAGAAACCAAACAGGUUAUUGAUUUUACGGUUUGUGAGAGAGUGGAACAGCCUGACGGCCAUGAAGCAGAGGAUUAUCCGGAAAAGCGGUCUAAUAUUCAGAAGCCCCGUCCUGGCCCUGGAAAACCUCUCAAAGCAGCAACCGGCGCACAGCAGCACUAAGAGGUACCUGACCAAAGAAGAUGUGGCGGUCGCUUCAUUAAGCAAAGUUCAGAGCGGCGGGGGAAGCGUGCGGAUAAUCAGCAGGGAAUCCACGUCGUCCGUCAAGGAAAAGGUGUCGUUAAGUAGAGUGUCGGGAACCCCUGCCAUUCCUGAAGAAGGAGGCGAUCCGCAGCCGGCGGGCCUCUCGGCGACUGGGCUCGACGGCUCCGCGUUGAAAGGUUACCUGCAGGCGGUAGACGGCGCCGGGAACCCUCUCUGCCUUCACUGCCAGCAGUCGUGCAGCCACCGCGCCGCCACGGCCCUCACCGCAGACUGGGAUACCAGGUUUUGUUCGCAAAAAUGCCAGGACGAGUUCUUAAUUCGCUCGAGCCAAAGCUACAUGAGGGCGAAGGUCUUCGAGACGGAGCACGGGGUCUGCCAGCAAUGCUGUCUCAACGCUCACGAGCUUUACUUGAGUGUGAGAGAUGCCCCCGCGGCCAGGAGGAAAACUCUUUUGGAGAGCACCUGGCUGGCGCAGCUUCCGGUGGACCAGUUGAACGAGCUGAUAAAGAACCCCACGGAGGGCCAGUUCUGGCAGGUGGAUCAUAUCAGACCCGUGUACGGCGGGGGAGGGCAGUGCUCGCUGGACAACCUGCAGACUCUGUGCACCGUCUGUCAUAAAGAGAGGACAGCCAAACAAGCUAAAGAAAGAAAUCGAACAAAGAAGCUUUCCAUGGCCUCGAAGUACGGCUCGGACAUCACGAAAUUCUUUUCCAAAGCCUAGAAGAUCCCGGUUCCGGAUUGAGUUCGCUGCCUGGGGACUGUUACCCUUGUAAAUUCCAAAUCAAAUAAUAUUUUAGGCGAUGCCCGCUAUCCCCGCUGUUUUGCACUCAGGGCUGAUUAGAUUUUUGGAUGUUUUUUGUAUACAGUAACAAUGUCACAAAUAAAAUACAUUUCUUGUUGAA